UAUCGACGUGCUAAUUGAUUGCAAUGUUUGACAAGCGAUCAACCGAUUUUCCCUCUCCGUAUAUCUUGAGUUCGGUUUUUUAUUUUCGAUUACCUACUAUUUUGAGUAACCGCAAACUCGAUCCCUCCCACGAGUGAGAAAUUCCAAAAAUCCCGAUACACCUUUGGAAAGAGGAAAAUGGCUCUGUCGGAUUCAGUUUUGGUUCGGUUCUAAUCCGGAACGGAUCGUCGGUAAUCGUGUGGAAGUGUUUGUGUAGAAAGGAAUCGCUACAACAACAAUCGAUUGAGUAUCGAGCUAGAGAGUAUGGAUGGUGAAUUCGAGUGGGUUGAUCCGCAGCACGAGAACGCUCAGCAUGGCAGAAGGCAGGCGGAAAUGGCUCGGCUGAUUACUCUCCAGGAGGAAACCACCGCAGAUAAUGACCCGAAGGACAUUCAGAUCCUUAUCACCAAACCAACACCCAAUGAGCUUGGAGUUCCUCAGCAGCAAUCGCCGAAUCGAUUGACUCCGAACACCAGCUUCGUUUACAAACCGGGCAACCGUCGUGGAACCGGACACAGUGACUGUUCCGGACCGGGGGAUGCGGUCGGUUCCCGAAGGCCUUCCAUGUUCAAUGCCCUGCCGAGGCCAUCGUUCAGUGCCACCAAGCGGAAUCUGCUGGAGUUCCUGCAAAAACAUGGCAGCCGGCUGUCGCUCAACAAAAAGGACGAUCUCAAGGAGAUGGAAUCGCCGAUCGUGACCGAGAUGAGGAACAAAAACCGAGCCGUGGCUGAGGACCACUUCAGCACCGCCCUAUCGGCCCUGUACGCCAAGCUGCUAAUCGUGCUGGGAAUCGCAUUUCCCAUCACGGAUGUCGUGUCGGACCAGGCCCCGGAGAACUUCUUCCAGGUGUUCUACCUGUACCUGUACCUGAUGAGCAUGGCCUUCGUUUGCUUCAUCUACGUCACCCAGUAUCGGCAGAGGACCCGGCUUCUCUCGUUGAUGGAGCAGUACAAUGAUGGUGCCAUCCCAGAUACCCUUAAAGGAUCCCACUCCAGAUUUGGAUCGUUCUAUCUUAGGGUUGGAGCAAUUGCUUUCGGCAUCGGAAGUAUGGUCUAUUCUGGGCUAGAAUUUGGACAGUAUUUUGAAUUAAAACACGACGAACGCUGCCAGAAUGUACUGAUUGCCCUAAUCCCGGCCGGCCGAAUGACCCUCUGCAUCCUGCAGAUGCAGUUCAUCUUCUUCAGCAGCGGCCAAUUCCAGAUGGACCGGCACAAGUUCGUGUCCCGCUUCGGGCUGAUGCACAUGCUGGCCACCAAUCUGUGCGAAUGGUUGUACGUGAUCAUCGAAGAGGCCAAGCACGAAAUCGUGCACAUCGCUCACGGGGGGCUGCACGGGAUGAUGCUGGACCGGGCAGCAAACGACGACCCGACGAAGAACGGCACCAGCGAUGAAGCCAUGCACCACCGCCAUUUGGUCAAACGGGAAAUGGUCUCGCCGGCCGUGCCCGGAUUCGAGUGCCAUCGGUCCAACAUUAUGGGGUCAUUGGUUCAGAAUGCGGCACCCUUUUUGUUUCCGUGUACGAUUGAAUACUCGCUGAUUUGUGCCGUCAUCCUGUACGAAAUGUGGAAGAAGCUGCGGCACGCGAAUCGCCGGGGCAGCACCGCGCGGAAGGGUUCCCGGAAGAGCCUGACCGGCAAAAGUGCCAAUCUGCUGUCGAUUGAUUGCUCCAGUGCCCAGCGGGGAAUGUUCGGUGGCGUCCUGGUCAUCGUGUUGACCAUCAUCGUGCUAAUUAUGUACUUUGUGCUGCAUAAAGAACAGAACUACCAACAUGUGGCCACAAUGGAGGUUACGAUUAGCGAAAUAGUUCUGUACGGCAUCACGACGGCAGCCGUCGUCUAUGCCAUGUUUGUGAUGCGCGAUCUGAAGUUCUCGCAGAAGAAGGGCGACGCUGGAAUGUCAUUGGAUUGCACCUUGCUGGUGUUGGCACAGGUCGGCAUCUACAUCUACGGCAUGUUCAGCAUGAUUGGGACGUUCUUCUCGAUCGGCAUCUCCGAGUACGCCACUUCGUAUUCCUUGAUCGCCGAGCUGCUAUCGAUCGUGCAAACAUCGGUUCAAACGUUGUUCACGCUGAACUCGUGGUGGCGCCGCUGCAAGGGUGCCAAACAGAAUCGGGCAAAACCCGGGCGGGAAGUCAUAACCUUCCUUCUGGUAGCCAACAUGUCGAUCUGGUUCGUUAAUACCCUGAUCAAGACCAAUGCCAGCUUCCGACCGUCGUUGAUGUCCUUCUAUGGAGUGUGGGCCUGGACUAUCAUUACCCACGUGUCGAUGCCACUGGCCAUCUUCUAUCGGUUCCAUUCGACCAUUUGUCUGUUCGAAGUUUGGAAGAAUACCUACAAAGUACGCUAUGAUCACUGAUGGGAUCGGAGGAGUGUCAGUGAUACCGCCUCAUUAUUAUAUCUGAUAAGAAACCUUUGUGAUAGAGAUAAAAAAAAACUAGAUUAAGCGAAUGAUGUAAGUCGAAUAAUUAAAACUGAGU